AUGGAAGGCACAAUAGCACCCUACAAGUCGGUUUGGAAAAUCAUCGAUUCUAAGGCACUUGAGAAAGCAAGAUCCGACGACAAAUAUGACGAGUUCUACAUGAUUAUCUGCGACAGUGUCAUGAGAGAAUUGGUCACGCCUCGUGUCUGGGACCGCUGUGUGACUGACGAUCAGAAACAAAGCUGGGCAGAGUAUCACGUUUGGAUGUUCGCUCAUGCAGAAGAGGAAGUCUUUCCAGGAGAUACAACGUUAAUCGAUGACUUGGUAAAUAGGCUUCAACUUACAAUGAACGAACCUCGAAUCUUAGAUGUCAUGCAAGAGUUAGAAGACAAUCGCAGGGCCAUGGAGCAGCGAGUAACACCCUGGGCCGGCUUGGAAAGACAAGCCAAAUAUGUGCGCAUGGAACAGCUGAGAAAAAUGGGCCCCUACCGUUAUGCUAAAUUCAGAGAACUUAAAAAUCGGGAAUCUAGGAUCACAGCACUCCAGCUGGAGCGGGAUGCCGAGGGAAUAAAGAUAGUAGAACUCUUCACCACCGAAGUCAAUGGUCGGCCUCCGUUCAACAUCGAGUUUGAGCCUACCAAAGAUUCCAACGUUUUUAUCAGCGCUCUUAGCGUCGGCCUUUAUCAAGUUGCACUCGACUUGGGAGUGACAAUCGACAUGGAGUGGUAUGGGUUGGAUUGUGCCAUACUAGAAAAGAAGGUCUAUGGAGAGGCCGCGGGAGAGCCGACGUUACUUAUAUGGGCUGAGUCAAAUCAUCCUAUCGACUACCAAGCCGUGGCUCGAGAUCCAGAGUCCUUCAGGAGACCCUUGGAGAAUGCUCAUAAAGUGCUCAAAUUCUGGAAAUGGUGCGUUGAGAUGGACCACGAGCGGGGCAUUCCUCUCACCACCUUGCAACAGGCGCAUGAGUUGCUUAAGAAGAGAGGCAGGUUCAAGAAUUUAUGGUUGAGAGAUUGUGGCGAAGCUGAAGAAAGUCUUGAAGAUGAUGAUGAGGUGGAUGAUAAAUUUACAUUUCUCUACAUGUUAACAUCCAACUUUGGCGCGCGCAGCUCGUCUUCUUCCUACACUACAUUCCAGCCGACUCAAGAUCAGCACACUUCAUCACCCUUAAAGUUGUUUUUGUAUCAUCCAGAUACCACGGCAUCUCAGUCCAUCCACCAUCAGCGCUACCGUAGUGUAUGGCACACCAUCACCGAAGCGACAGCGAGAAUUGGAAUCAGCGUUAGCGAUACCAUUGAGAUUUGCAAGGGCAUCAACGAAGACAUGAAAGGCAUCAAGGGCUACGAGAUUAUGUCUGACGACCAACGACAAUGCUGGAUGGAGUGGCACCUUUGGGAAGAACAUUUCUCCGGUGGCCCCGCAUUCCCAGGCGACAAGUCCAUCCUCACGGCUUUCUACGAGGAGCGAAAGAAGCCUCAUGGUAGUAACGAUCAAGUGCAAAGAGCAGGGGAUAUCGAGUCCACUCUUCAAGGCUUCGAUCAAUGCUGGGCAUGGAGAAUUGCGAAAUGGGAGGACCGGAAGAAGACGAUGGCAGAGUACGUCAAAGACAGGAUGCAAUGGAAGGAAAUCCGCGCAGAGCGACGUCUCAAUGACCCAGCCUAUGUCGCGAGGGUUGCCGAAAGUGACGCCUUUUACAAGCUUCAUCCUCUACAAUUGCGUUCCAGAGGUCGACGCUAUCCCACUAUUGAGAUUGCGGGAGACCUAGAAAACGAGACCGCGUUCAAGGGCGCGGCGCCAGAUUCUAUCAAGAAGAUUGAAGCUGAGCUUGGACUUGCAUUUGAUGUGGCUUGGUAUCUUGAAGAGGGUGUUACUCACAGAAUCCAGGCUCAUGCGCCUUUGCGUGACGGAGGCCUCUGUCUCAAGAAGCCCGAGGUCGUGAAGGAGAGACUCGAACGCGCCAGUGAAGCUCUGCACUUUUGGGAGUGGUGUAUUACUAGGGAUUACAGAGCCAGGAUUACUCUAACCACUUUUCCGGAGGCGUAUGAAGAGAUCAAGAGAGCAGGUUCGGAAGCUGUGAAGGAGUGGAAGGAGGAGAAGGCUGCCUUCAAGGCAUGCACGGACUAUGAUGAGGCUAGUUUCACUUACGCGCAGCGAAUGAAAGAAUAG